AUGAGUGAUUUGAGGACUGAUGUCACUUGCUAUGUUAUCGAUGCAGAGACAUCUUACAAUUUGUUAUUGGGUCGACUAUGGAUCCAUAACAAUCUGAUUGUUCCAUCAACUCUACACCAAUGCAUGAAAUAUAUAGGUGAGAGUGGUGAAGUCAAAACAGUGGUCGCAGAGAAGCAACCAUUCAAGGGGGUGGAGAACACUGAUUCUAUCCAUUACCUUGAUGGUGAGCCAUUUGAAGUACCACUGAUCGAAGAACCAGAUAGCAGCAAUGAAGCCGAUACCGAGUCUGAGCAUGAACAAGGUCUUGUUUUUAAUGACAUAGAACCCGUCAUAAUCGGUCUUAAAAAUCUGGAUGUAAAUGAUCAUGUCUAUAAGGACAGAGGAGUUAUUUUUAAUAACAAUGAUGAUUUAUCUUACUUAUUGCGUGAUAAAUUGAAUCCUAACAUGCCAGAAUGUUACGUUGAUGACUUGGUUGUUAAAAGUCGUGACAAGGGAAACCAUUUGCAUGACUUGAAAAUAAUGUUUACUCUUAUGCGGGCACACCAGCUGAAGAUGAAUCCAACUAAGUCAUUCAUAGGAAUGGCUAGUGGUAAAUUUCUCGGAUUCGUGGUCACAGCUAACAGAAUUCAUCUAGACCCAAACAAAGUCAAAGCCAUCCAAGAGCUACCACCUCCUAGGAAUCUUAAGGAGCUUCGAGGCUUACAAGGGCGACUGGCGUAUAUUCGCAUGUUCAUUUCUAACCUGUCAGGGAAAUGCCAAUCAUUCUCAAAACUAAUGAAGAAAGGAGUAUUCUUUAUGUGGGAUGAGGCUUGCCAGAAAGCGUUCGAGGAGAUUAAGCAAUAUCUCUCCAACCCACCGAUAUUGGUUGCACCAAGGUUAGGUAAACCUUUCUUGAUAUACAUCCGGGCUACAGAUCAUGCAUUGGCGGGACUCUUAGCACAAGAUGAUGAAAACGACCAUGAGCAGGCUGUUUACUAUCUCAGUAGGACUCUAUCGGGUGCUGAACCCUGUUAUCCUCUUAUUGAGAAGGAAUGUUUGGCGCUUGUAUUCAUAGUUCAGAAGAUGCGACAUUAUUUGGUUGGGCAAACCAUACAUGUCAUUUCCCAGACCAAUCCUAUUCGGGUGUUCAUGACACAGCCUAGUGUAUUGAACUGGCGACUCGCCAGAUGGACUUUGUUGCUUUCCCAAUAUGAUAUUCACUUCAAACCUCAAAAGGCAAUGAAGGGUCAGGCUAUUUGCGAUCUUAUGGCUAACCAUCCAUUAAAAGGAAAAGUCAAAUUGUACAAGGACAUGCCAGAUGAGACAUAUGAAGCCAAUGUUGUUUCUAAAGAACAGGUAUGUCAACUAUACUUCGAUGGUGCAGCAAGGACAAGUCCAACCGGUCGAGUUAUUGCCGAAGUGGGGGUUAUCUUUAUCUCCCCCCAAAAUCAUGUACUGCCACGCGCUGUUUCUUUAACAGAGCCGUGCUCUAAUAAUGUGGCCGAAUACAAUGCUUUAUUGGUUGGCCUAGAAAUAGCUAAACAAAUAGGGUUGAAACACCUAGAAGCAUAUGGCGAUUCUCAACUUAUUGUUAACCAGAUGAAAGGAGAAUACAAAGUAAGGAAUGAAGACCUUAUUCCUUACCAUACCGCAGCAACCACGCUGGCUGAUUCCUUUGAGGGCUUCUAUAUUGGUUAUGUACUCCGUCUCAAGAAUACUUAUGCUGAUGCAUUGGCAUCACUUGCGGCCACGUUGGCUUUACCUGAAAGAGCUACUCAACAAAUCAUGGUAGCAAGCAGACAAUUAUUCAAAUCAAAGUAUACAUUGCAGAUCAACGCAAUUGAAGGUGAGCCCGCAAUGCUCGAACCUAAGGAUUGGCGAUUUCUGAUCAUUGAUUAUACUUUGUAUCGAAAGUCAUACGAUAGGCUUUUGCUUCACUGUUUGUCAAAUAGAGAAGCAAAAGAAGCUCUUAAAGAAGCUCAUGAUGGCAUUUGUGGAGCUCAUCAGCCUGGUCCUAAAUUGUGGGACCAACUACGUAGAUUGGGUUAUUACUGGCCUAACACGGGAAUGGACAUUGUUGGCCUAGUGACACCACCCUCUUCCAAAGGACAUCGCUUUAUUUUAGCGAUAACUGAUUACUUUUCUAAAUGGGCAGAAGCAAUCCUGUUGAGCGAAGUCAAGACGAGUAAUGUUAUUAAAUUCUUAAAACAUCACAUCGUAUAUAGGUACGACGUUCCGAGGCAUAUCAUUCAUGACAAUGGGCCCCAAUUUGUUAGCCAAGCCUUCACCCGAUUCUGUGAUAAAUUCAGGAUCAAGAAUUUAGCUUCAACAGCUUAUAAUCCUGUUGCUAAUGGGAAAGUAGAAGCAUUUAAUAAGACCAUCGUUAGAAUUCUCACUAAGGUGGUUUCGACGAAUAAAAGAGACUGGAAUGAGAAGUUAGGUCAAAGUUUAUAG